AUGGCCUUUCUACUGGUGUCAGCCUACCUUUUGUUGACUCAUGCGCAUGGUGCUCCAGUUGAGAAUGGGGCCCUCAUGGAGACGCUGAAGUCACAAGUUAUAUUGUUCAGCAAUAAGAGUGAACACUAUCCAGUACAAGUGAGACCUCCUGGAACAAGCAGACGAAUACCUCAGACAAUCAUCAUUGGCGUUCGUAAAGGAGGGACCAGGGCCUUACUUGAGAUGUUGGACGUACACCCCAACAUUGUGGUUGCAGCUACUGAAGUUCACUUUUUUGACUGGGAUGAAAAUUAUGUGAAAGGAAUAGACUGGUACAGAAGUCUGAUGCCAUUUUCUUAUGAAAAUCAAAUAACUAUUGAGAAAACUCCGGGCUAUUUUACCUCACCACAGGCUCCUGAAAGGAUUCAUGAUAUGAAUAGCUCUAUUAAACUGCUGCUUAUUCUCAGAGAUCCCACAGAGAGAGUUAUCUCUGAUUAUACCCAAGUCUAUUACAAUAGACUGGAAAGCCACAAACCUGUUCAGCUCUUCGAAGACAUUGUUAUUAAAAAUGGAGCACUUAAUACUAAAUACAAGGCAAUCCAGAGAAGUCUGUAUGACAUUCAUAUGGAGAGGUGGCUUAAACAUUUCCAUUUGGAUCAAAUUCACAUAGUAGAUGGGAAUACUUUGAUCAAGGACCCUCUUCCUGAAUUGCAAAAAGUGGAAAGAUUUCUUAACCUGCCUUCCAGAAUCAUGUCUUCAAAUUUUUAUUUUAACCAGACCAAGGGUUUCUAUUGCAUUAGGAGUGAUGGAAGAGAGAGAUGUUUACAUGAAUCAAAAGGGCGUCCACAUCCUGUUGUCAACAGUACUGUUUUAGAACAACUUUAUGCCUACUUCAAAGAGCACAAUGCAAAAUUCUACCGAAUGAUUAAUCAUUCAUUUGACUGGCAUUAG